AUGCUGGGCGUCAGCGGGGUGGAGCAGAUGUGUCGCAGCGGAGAGCUUGGAGAUGUGUCUGAGCUUGGAGAGAAGCUCAGAGCAUCUGGGGAGCAGAGAGAAGGGGUGUUCAGGCUGGUCCUUGGCUUCCCUGUAGAGAUGAUACUGAGUCAGCCUACGGGCAGAAGAGGAACUGGGGAGGGUGGCUGCCCUGGGCAACUCUCAGGUUACACGGAGCUGGGCCGGGGUUUCUCUGACAUUUCAGCAGAGUCACGGGUGGGUGGGAUGGGAAGCUCUGGGCUGCAAAAUAGGAGGCUGGACUUGGCAGCCUUAGUGGGUGACUGUGCCCUGUCCCCAGCCCACAUCAGCGACGUACCCGUAUCACAGAGGCAGUGCGUGUGCCCCGCUGCUUCUCUGCUCUGGGGCCGGGAGGCCUGUGCAGAAGGCACUGUCAUCACCACGCUGGCUCUUACUGGGUUUGCCACGUGUGCCUGCUCUCGUUCUGGGUGGACCAUCUCCUUGGACUCUCAUGGCUUUUUCCUGCUCAGAGUAGACGCUCAGACAGAGAGGCUCGCCUUCCUGCCCUCGUGUGUUGUCGUGGUUGGGGAGGUGCGGUUCCCCCCACCGCCUCCACGGAAGCAGAAGCUGCCGGUUCUCGCUCCCUCCACUCCAGCUGUACCCAGGGUGUGGGCGUGGGAUCCAGGUGGGGGCACCCAGGUGUUCUCCCAGGCCCGGCACCUUACCCACCCUACUGUUACCAGUGCCUCGUCAAGACUGUACUUUCUUAAUGAUGAGAAGAACAGCCAUGUGGGUGAAUCUGUAGUUGAGAAUUAA